CUGAGCCUUCAGGGGCGGAGGAGGCGGCGGCGGCUGAGGAGAGAGAGGGAGGAGGGAGCGAGGGAAGCUGGAAGGGGCUGGCGAAGGCCGGGUUGGGUAGCUGGACCCGGUGCUGGCUGCGCGGCGCUGCUCUCGGCUCCGACGGCCUCUCCAAGCGCAGAAGGCGCCCGGCUGAGUCGGGCCGGAAGCCGGAGGAGAGGCUCCUCUCCAUGGUCCAGAAGACCAGCAUGUCCCGGAGCCCUUACCCACCCUCCCAGGAAAUCCCCAUGGAGGUCUUCGAUCCCAGUCCACAGGGCAAAUACAGCAAGAGGAAAGGACGCUUCAAAAGGUCGGAUGGGAGUACAUCCUCGGAUACAACAUCCAACAGCUUUGUCCGCCAGGGCUCAGCAGAGUCCUACACCAGCCGUCCAUCAGACUCCGAUGUAUCACUCGAGGAGGACCGAGAAGCCUUAAGGAAGGAGGCCGAGCGCCAGGCGUUAGCACAGCUGGAAAAAGCCAAGACCAAGCCGGUGGCAUUUGCUGUGCGCACCAAUGUCGGCUACAACCCGUCUCCAGGGGAUGAGGUGCCUGUGCAGGGAAUGGCCAUCACCUUCGAGCCCAAGGACUUCUUGCACAUCAAGGAGAAAUAUAACAAUGACUGGUGGAUUGGCCGCCUGGUGAAGGAGGGUUGUGAGGUUGGCUUCAUCCCCAGUCCCGUCAAACUGGACAGUCUGCGCCUGCUGCAGGAGCAGAAGCUGCGUCAGAACCGCCUCAGCUCCAGCAAAUCAGGUGAUAACUCCAGCUCCAGUCUGGGAGACGUGGUGACUGGUACCCGCCGUCCCACCCCUCCUGCCAGUGCCAAACAGAAGCAGAAGUCGACAGAGCAUGUGCCCCCCUAUGACGUGGUGCCUUCCAUGAGGCCCAUCAUCCUGGUGGGACCGUCGCUCAAGGGCUAUGAGGUUACAGACAUGAUGCAAAAGGCUUUAUUUGACUUCUUGAAGCAUCGAUUUGAUGGCAGAAUCUCCAUCACUCGUGUGACUGCAGACAUUUCCCUGGCCAAGCGCUCAGUCCUCAACAAUCCCAGCAAGCACAUCAUCAUCGAGCGCUCUAACACCCGCUCCAGCCUGGCUGAGGUGCAGAGUGAGAUUGAGCGAAUCUUUGAGCUGGCCCGCACCCUUCAGUUAGUAGCUCUGGACGCCGACACCAUCAACCACCCAGCCCAGCUCUCUAAGACUUCGCUGGCUCCCAUCAUUGUUUACAUCAAGAUCACCUCUCCCAAGGUACUCCAGCGGCUCAUCAAGUCCCGAGGGAAGUCUCAGUCUAGACAUCUCAAUGUCCAAAUAGCAGCCUCGGAGAAGCUGGCGCAGUGUCCCCCCGAAAUGUUUGACAUCAUCCUGGACGAGAACCAAUUGGAGGAUGCCUGUGAGCACCUGGCUGAGUACUUGGAAGCCUAUUGGAAGGCCACACACCCACCCAGCAGUACUCCCCCCAAUCCGCUGCUGAACCGAACCAUGGCUUCUGCAGCUCUGGCUGCCAGCCCUGCCCCUGUCUCCAACCUCCAGGGACCCUACCUUGCUUCCGGGGACCAGCCGCUGGAACGGGCCACCGGGGAGCACGUCAGUGUGCACGAGUACCCGGGGGAACUGGGCCAGCCCCCAGGCCUUUACCCCAGCAGCCACCCACCAGGCCGGGUGGGCACCCUGCGGGCACUAUCCCGCCAAGACACAUUUGAUGCUGACACCCCCGGCAGCCGAAACUCUGCCUACACAGAGCUGGGAGACUCGUGUGUGGACAUGGAGACGGACCCCUCAGAGGGACCAGGGCUUGGAGACCCUGCAGGGGGCAGCACCCCACCAGCCCGGCAGGGUUCCUGGGAAGAUGAAGAAGAUUAUGAGGAUGAGUUGACCGACAACCGGAACCAGGGUCGGAAUAAGGCCCGCUACUGUGUUGAGGGUGGGGGUGCAGUUCUGGGGCACAACAAGAAUGAGCUGGAGGGCUGGGGACGAGGUGUCUACAUCCGCUGAGAGGAUUGGCUCUGAGCCCUGGGGAGGGCAGGUUCCAAGGGGUCACUAUCUUCGACAGGUCUUGCCUCCACGGAAUGCUGUCUCCCUCCUCUCAGAUGCCUUUGCUCAAUGUUUUGGGGUUUCUUUGGCGGUAUCAUCCCAGCUUCUGGAUGGCCCCUAAGCCCCAGCUGUAGGGUUUUACUUGCCUGCUGUGGAUGAAUGGGGGGAAUAUUCAGCUCUCUGUAGUGUCCUCUUUUCCCCAGCUCAGGGGUACUCUUCCCUCCCAGAGAAAAGGUGCACUUCCUUAACUCUUUCUCCUUGGGACUCUUAGUGAUGAGGGUCCACAUGAUUGG